AUGGACACAAACAAACACGAAGGAGGGACUGAAAGUGUGCCUGUGAGUACCCCUGCAACACAGAUUUCCCAGUUGCAGGCAUUAGCCUCUGAGCUGAAGGCAGGUUUCACAGAAGCAAUGCAGGAGCUGUCACGCAUCCAGCAUGGAGAGUAUGCCCUGGAAGAGAAGGUCAAGAGCUGCCGCUGUGCCAUGGAAGAGAAGGUGGCCGAGAUGAAGAAUUCCCUCAACACGUUCAAGGAGGAGCUCAGCGAUGCAAAGUCAAUGAUUGAAGAAAUCAGUGCCAAGCAGGAGGAAAUGCAACAGAAAAUUGAGCAGCUGCAGCAAGAGAAGCGGCGGGAAUCACGGAAAAUGAAAGCUAAAAGAGCACAGAAGGAUGACCACGGGUCACAGACAGUGCCAACACCUCUCCAGGGUAGCCCAUUUCGAUCCAUCAACCUCCCAGAACCUGUGCUGAUUAAUGAAGAUUUUACGAGUCUUUUACACAACGUGACUUAUGAAAAAGUGUCUGACACUAGGAUCAUGCCCAUGGGAGAAGGAGGUGUGAAAGUCAUAGCAGGCCCAGGCUACAGCCCUUCAGCCAUAGAGACAGAUGACAGCCUCAAGCCUUCCCUGGCAACAGAGGGACAGUCAAAAAUGCAUCUGCCAUCAACAGUAUGGAAGCAGCCCAAGGACACCAAGGACUGGGGAGAUGAAUACAUUUCCAAAGAGCAACCAGAGAGAGGGAAAGACAUGGGCCAAAGCAGAUACAGCUCAGCAGACAAUAUAAUAUGUGAACCCUCUUUGGCUGCCAAAAGGCAGAACAUCGCCUUGGAGCUGCUGGAGUCAGAAAGGAAGUAUGUCAUCAACCUUUCCCUAAUCCUGAAGAUCAAGGCCACUCUGCAAGGGCCAGAUGUGAAAAGAAGCACCAAAGAGAGAAGCUUUUUCCCCAACUCUCUGCGGUUCCUGGUGCAGCAGCAUGUGGAUUUACUGCACGCUCUCCAGGAGCGAGUCCUGAGCUGGCCACGACAAGGGAUCCUAGGAGACAUCUUCCUGAAGCUGACAAAUGAUGAGAAUAAUUUUCUGGACUACUACGUUGCUUACCUGAGGGACCUGCCAGAAUGCAUCUCUCUGAUCCACGUGGUGAUCCUGAAGGAGGUAGAAGAAGAAAUCAAAUCUGAUCUCUACAUUCUGUUCUUUCAUAUAGUCCAGCGAAUCCCUGAAUACCUUAUUCAUCUACAGAAUGUGCUGAAGUUCACGGAGCAAGAGCACCCUGACUAUUACCUGCUGCUGGUGUGUGUGCAGCGCCUCCGCGUUUUCAUCUCACACUACAGCCUCCUCUUCCAAUGCAAUGAAGACCUGCUGAUACAGAAGAGGAAAAAGCUGAAGAAGUCAUCCCUGGUGAAACUGUACAAAGGUCUCACCUCCCAGUGUACAAGCCAGGAGGUUUCUCCAACACCCAGUGCAGCAUCAAUGCGGGACAGUGGGAUCCACACUGAAGAGGCCAUACAGUCAUUCCCAGCAGCACCUUCCUCUGGCACAACCACCCCGCAUUUGAUGCCGCAGAUGAAGAAACCCCAGCCAACUGUGAUGGAGAACAUCCAGGCUGUAAAGCCCCCUGACUGGGAGAUGGAAAGCAGAAAACACGAGAGGCCAGAGAACAUCCUUGCCUCCUCUCAGCUGACAGAGCAGGAGCUCAAGGCCUUGACAGCCCCCUUGCAAUCCAUCCCCGAAAUGGAGUACGAGGCGCCGCCGGCUGACGCGGUGGGGAACACCGACAGAGCCAUCAGAACCUCCGUGGAACUGCUGCAGGAUGCCAGGAACUUUGCACCAAGCUACGAAGAGUUUGACUACCCUGGGGAGGUUUUCACCAUGCCAGGCCCCUACGAAGACGACACCUUCCAAAACCUCGCUCUCUUUGAGAACUGCUCCCCGGCCUCUUCCGAGUCCAGCUUGGAUAUUUGCUUCCUUAGGCCUGUGAACUUCACGUCAGAACCGGAGAGGACAGACCAUGCCUUGCAGCCGCUGCCUAAGAGCUGCACUCCCGUGAGCAGCAGCACCUACAAGCGGGAGAUGUUCCACAGCAAAGGGAAGCAGCUGAGCAGGUCACUGAAGGAGCUGCCGCGGAGCGCGGAGGGCGUGAGCACCAGACUCUACAGCACACGGAGCAGCAGUGGGAGCCGUCUGCAGCAGAAGCAGGACAGGAAUGUUCAGCCUCACAUGAUCUCAGCCUCAUCUCGAAGCUCCCAAAGGAGCUACUUCCCCCCACAGAGAGGAGCGGGUGAAAAACCGAGCUUUUUGGAAGUAAGGAGGGAGCUCCAUGCAGAAGACAACACCAGGUUCUGCCAGAAGGAUGACAAUGAGCAAACAUCCUUCAGCGACCACAACCCGCGGCACGAGCCCAAGGGGGGGUUCCGGAGCUCCUUCCGCAAGCUCUUCAAAAAGAAAUAAGCAGCCCCAAGAAAGGCAGGCCACAGCCGAAGCACAGCAGUGCUUCCCCAGGUCCCCGAGGGUGGAGACAGACAGCAAGGCCCCAGGAUCCCCCUGACAAACACAGAGGGUGGAGGGUGGGUGAGAGGAGACUCUCACAACUGCCUUACAAAUGCAUCCUGCUCUUUCUAGCACAGGGCAGGGCCAGGCUUUGGGUUGCAGUGGAGCUCAUCCAGCAGGUCCAACAAGCACAAGCAACUUGCUAGCUUUCAUCCCAACCUGACUGAACUUCCCUCACUUUUGGAAAGCUCUGGCCAAACCCUUAUAUCUUCUCCUCCCCCUCUUCCCCCAAAACUGCUUGAUUUGCCAUACAUCUUUGCUCUUCCAAACUCAAGGCAGGUCUUAUUUGGGCUCACCCAUGACAGAAAGGUUACUUUUGCAGCCCUGGCAUCCUGGCCAGAAGUCUAAAAUUCCCUUCUUUCCUCUACUUUCAAAAAAAACCAAAAACAAACCCCCCAAAAAAACCAAAAACAAAACCAAACAAACCACCAUCAAAGAUGUAUUCCAGGAGGCCAGCUCACAUUACCCAGGUGGUUUGAGAAGGUCUAAGAAGCAUCAGCUGAAGCACCUGAGCAAUGAUUGCAGUGCCUAAUCAGCAACAUCCUUCUGGACUUCCAUCACUCCCCAAAAUCCUAUUUCACCUUUUAUGUGAAUGCUGAAUCGUGUCCUGCUGUAGGAAUAACUGCUUCUGCUUUCAGAAUUACCCGUGGCUCCAGGCAGGUGAUGCAGGCAGAGCCCAGGACCUGCCACAAGACAGACUCUUCCCCACCUUAUCCCCAGUGGGUCAAUGCAGGCACUGGAAGUGCCAAACAAUGUCCUGGCUCCUGGAGUAUGCUUCGCUAAC